CUGGGACCCGCCCUGCCCUGCCGUGCCGCCCGUCACUCAUCCGUCUGCAAGCAGGACAGCCUGACUCGCCUUCUUGUGCUGGCUUCCAUGGCAACAAACUAGGACCGCAUUCGGAAAUCUUCAACGCGCCGCUUACCUCACGGUCGCUUGCAACGAUGGGAUGAUGUGGCCCAACGAGGUAUUUGGCAGAACACGCAGCACCCGGGCUAGGCUAGGCUAACGGGGAGAGCUCGACGCUAGCCAAGGCUAGCCUCCCUCCACCUGCAAGCUGUCGCUAACUGCGCCUCACGGGGAUGGAACGCGUGAAGGAACACGAGUGUGGCGCUCUUUCGACUUCGCCAACACCACAGUGGACGCCAGAGUGUAAUCAUGACGGCGCUCACGCCAAAUCGAGCGGAUUUAUGGCGCUAUCUGCUGCCAAGCGACCAUCCAUCGGGGAAGACGAGGCGACUGGUGGCGCCGAGGCAAAACUCUUGACAGGGAAGGGACUGGCGGCCACCUCCCUUCUGCAGAUUGCCAUCAGGAAUGGGAUCUACCAAAACCAAGUUGCUAACGCUAUUGGCGGCGCGGUCAAGAACAUCAACAUGCCCUCGGCGAAGACUGGCAACAUUUACAGCCUUACAUCGGCCAACAGCGGCACUUCGAGCAACUCGUUGCUGAGCAAGAGACGGCAGCGGCACAAGCGGAAUCUGUCGCUGGGCUGCCCGCCGACCAGCAGCUCCUCUCCCAGCGCGUCUUCCGCCGAGGCGUCCGGCGUCGCCCCUUCAGCCUCUCCGCUGAGCACCCUGAGUCUGGAUCGGAAAACCUUCCUCAGGCAGAAGCAAUCCAAGCAGCUCCUGGCCUCCGACAAGGGAUGGGUGCGAUCGGACCUGAGAAGGGGUUGCAUUCACGUCCACGACUGGCUCUUGCCCACCUACCCAAGGCCAGUGCUGUGCACAGUAGACACUCUGGCCGCAGAGGUGGUCAGCAAGCUGGAAGCAAAUAAGAGUGAGGGUGUCUUAAGAGUCACUUGCCAGACAACAACUGAGAAAGAUAUUCAUGGACAGACUGAUGACACGCGUAGUGCUGGAUCAGAUCCCACAGACGUGAAGACAAAAGCAAAUGAGGCUCUGCUAUUUAACAGCCAGGCGAAACCAUGUUUUGAGUCUGAUCUCUUCUUAGAUGAUUCAAUUGCAACUAACUCUUCAUCAGAGCUUUGCCUGAACGACAUUGGCUUGGAAGUCAACUUUAGUGCAAGCGAUUGUUGUGGCGCGUACUCUGGAUCAGAUUUGGAGACCAGUACUUGUGAGGACAUCAGCCUGGGAGGACCCAAAAGCACGCCGCAGCAGGACUCCCUCAGUGAAGUCGCAGGUUUGCCUAUAGACUCGCCGGUAUUGAGCCCAAACUGUGACAGUGCCACAGAGGGACCCGAUCCGUUUGAGAGCUCGUCCGAUGAGCUGGAGCUCACUUCUUCUCCGACACGCUCAGCUGGUGAUUCUCCCGCAGACCCACCUUCAACCGCAUACCUCUCAAAUGCUCCAAAGCGACCGAUCGGCUCGCUGGGAGACGCCAGCGAGGCUGCCGCCGGCGACGGCAAGAAUUCACCUCAACUGUCAAAGGCCACCUCCAAAUGCUCCAGCAGCUCUCAGACAAGUGAGCGAGCGUCGGUGCGACUCGACCCGGAGAUCGAUGCGGGGAGCAGACUGCGGCCCGAGCAGAUCAAUAGCAGUCCGACUCCAGCGCUCUUUGUCCAGCUGCAUGGCGGCGUUGUGCGACGUCUGCACGACGACGAGAGACCACUACAAAUAUUGAAUGAAUACCUGAGCAACCUGGGCUUUGAAGACCCGUGGAGGGUCCAGGAGGAGGGAAUGAAUGCGGGCAUUGGCAGCCUCAUUCGCUUCUACUUUGGAAAGCCUCGGAGCGCGGGCGGUUCGGAGCGUGUGCAGCUUUCCGGGGUAUUCAAUGUGCGCAAAGGGAAGCCGGUGCUGCCUGUCAACCGCUGGUCCAAACGGCAGGUCACGCUAAGCGGAACCUGCCUUCUCGUGUCGUCCGUCAAGCACGCCCACACGGGCAAGAUCCACGUGCUGCCUCUCAUUGGAGGCAAGGUGGAGGAGGUGAAGAGGCACAGCCACUGCUUGGCGCUAAGCUCAGCGGGCCCCCAGAGCCAGACCUACUAUAUCAGCUAUGAGUCCUACACCGAGCACCUCUGCUGGCACAGAACCGCUUCCAAGAUUGCGUCCCAGCGGGUGAACUCUGUUGACCUGUCAUGCUGCAGUCUGGAGGAGUUGCCCACUCAGCUGUUUCACAGUCAGGACCUAACACAUCUCUAUCUCAAAAACAACUUCCUGUCCAUGAACAAAGGGCUUUCAGCACUUACCAGGUUCUGUAAACUGAGAACCCUGAGUUUGUCCAAUAACGCAAUGUCAGAGUUCCCACUGGCCGUAUGUGACCUCACGUCACUGACUGAGCUCAACUUGUCGGGAAAUUACAUUUCAACCCUUCCUGUGGAAGUUGGAAUCAUGCAAAACCUGCAGACGCUUCUUCUGGACGCCAACUGCCUGACUGCACUGCCCGCUGAGCUGGGCACCUUGGAGGCGUUGGUCUACCUUGGCUUGUCUUUCAACUGGUUCACCUGCAUCCCUCCUGUCCUGAAGAAGAUCAAAGACAUGGAGAAACUGUGCCUGGCAGGAAACCGAAUCUCGGUCCUGCACAUGGCCGGACCGCAGCCGUUGUGCGCUCGCCGCCACAUAGAUCUCAGGCUGAACCGGCUUGAAAGUGUGACGCUGGGAGACACGAAGCAGCUGGAGCACAUCGUGCAGCUGGACCUCAGGGACACCGGCUUGCAGCAGCUGGACGUCAGCGCCCUCUGCAAACUGGAGCUUCUCUACUGUGAUAGAAACCGACUCGCCGUCCUGCGAGUCAGCGGCCACGCCCUCAAGAGCCUGCAUGCCGCACGCAACGAGCUGCAAGAAGUGGAUGUGCGGCCUGUCCCGGAGAAUCUGACUCUUCUGGAUUUGUCCUGGAACAAGCUAAGUGCUGUCCCAGUUUGGGUAUGCGAAAGCAAUAAACUGGAACUUUUGGACAUCAAUCACAAUUCCGUGAGCGAGCUGCCCGUGCGCUUGCUAUCCAACGGCGGCCUCCGAAAGGUGCUAGCAGGCUGGAAUGCUCUGAGCCAGCUGGGCGAGGGCCCGGAGGCCUCCCAGCUCCAAAUCUUGGACCUGCAGCACAAUUGUCUCAAGGAGCUUCCAAACAACCUCUUCAUCAAAGCCCAGAACUUGCUCUAUCUGAAUGCCUCGGCCAAUAAGCUGGAGAGCCUCCCUGCCGCGAGCCCGUCGGAGGACACGUCGAGCAGCCUGGAGGAGCUCUAUGUCACCAACAACUGCUUGACAGACACGUGUGUCCCUCUCCUGAGCGGACAUGGCAACCUCAGAGUUCUUCAUCUCUCUUACAACCAGCUGCAGACCUUCACUGCCAGUAAGCUGGCCCAACUGGAGUGUCUGGAAGAGCUUGACCUGAGUGGCAAUCGGUUGAGGAGCGUGCCCACCACCAUCUUGAGCUGCCGCCGUCUGCAAAGCCUCUCUGCACACUCCAACUGUAUCAGCGCCUUUCCGGAGGUCCUGCAGCUGCCCGAGAUCAAGUGUGUGGACCUGAGCUGCAACGAGCUGACGGAGAUUACCUUGCCAGAGUCACUUCCCGCCAAACUGCAGGAGCUGGAUCUCAAGGGAAAUCCCCGCCUUAACUUGGACCACAAGAGCUUGGAGCUUCUCAAUAAUAUCCGAUGUUUAAGGGUGGAUCCGUCACCGUCCGCUCCCAGCGCCAGCGAGCGUCACGGAGCUCCUGCAGUCUGGAGUCACGGAUACACGGAAGCCUCCGGAAUCAAAAACAAGUUGUGUGUGGCCGCGCUUGCUCUGGACACCUUCUGUGGAGCCCGUGAAGCACUGUAUGGCGUUUUUGAUGGCGACAGAAAUGUUGAGGUGCCUUACCUGCUGCAGUGCACCAUGGGAGACGUGUUAGCCGAGGAGCUCCAAAGAGGCCCGAGCCUGGGAGACUACAUGACCAACACUUUCCUCACCAUGCAAAGGAAACUGGGCACGGCGGGCCAAAGGCUGGGCGGAUCGGCGGCGUUGUGUCACAUUAGACAUGCCCCCGCGCCUCCUGGCGAGCGCAGCGGCUGCUUCACUUUGAAAGCUGCCAACGUGGGCAGAUGCCAAGCCGUCUUGUGCCGAGAUGGAAAAGCCGUGCCGCUCUCGGCCAUCCACACCGUCCGAGAAGAGGUGGAGUGCCAGAGGGUCCGACAACAUAAUGCCAUCAUCACAGAGGACAAUAAAGUCAACGGCAUAACCGACUCCACCAGAAUGAUGGGAUAUUCCUUCCUGUGUCCGUCCGUCACCCCCCGGCCACACGUCUCCACGGUGAUGCUCACCCCACAGGAUGAGUUCUUCCUCUUGGGCAGCCGAGGCCUGUGGGACAUGUUGUCUCCCGGCGAGGCGGUGGAAGCGGUCCGGAAUGUUCCGGACGCCUUGGCCGCCGCCAAGAAGCUGGUCACGCUGGCUCAAAGCUACGGCUGCUCCGACAGCCUCAGCGCCGUGGUGGUCCGGCUCAGCAUUAGCGAAGACUGCUGCUGCUUCUGCGAGCUUCUGCCUCCGCCUCACAGUCCCGGUUUGGGCGGACGUGCGCACGCUCAGCCCUACUUGGGGAGCGGCGACAUGGCGCUUCCCCUGGCCUCCUCGGGAACCGUCAGCGAGCUUAGCAGCGAGUUCAGUGCGUCAGAGUUGAGCAGCGAGGUGGGCUCCACCGUGUCGUCAGAAGAUCCGCCGCAAGCCGAGCCGCCGUCGUGCCACUUGAGCCUGCUGGGGCGAAGCGGCGGGCGCUGGGUCACCUGCGCAAGUGGUGGCUUCCAGAGGCAGUCGUCCGACAACGGGCUUGACAGCGAAGACGAGGAGCCCAUCCCGGGGGUUUUCUCCAACGGCAGCCGAGUGGAGGUCGAGGCCGAUGUCCACAGUUUGCACGGCCCCCCACCGCGUGGCACGCGUGUUCCUCCCAGUGUGGCUUCCAGUCAUGAGUCUUGGGCUCCCCCUGUCACGCCACCCUCCCCCUGCCUCAGCGGGGAGACCCGCUCCAGCCCUCUGGGCCGGCGGGCUCGAGCCAACGGUUCUGUGGCGUGCCAAGGCAGGAACCAAGACCUGAUUGAGGAGGCGGCGGACGCCCCGCUCAAGAAGCAAGGGGGUUACUUUAACGCCUCCGCUCAGCCAGACCCCGAUGACCAGCUGAUCAUUCCGCCGGAGUUGGAGGAAGAAGUGCAGCAGAUCAUCCGACAGCAGCAGAUGGAGACUCGCAACCAGCAAGCGGCCGCCUACCAGAAACCCACUGAGCGGUUCAUUACACCGCUCUAACUCGGAAUCCUUCCAGUCUGCCACUGUGCCACCUGGUCAUCUCGGAGUCCACGUUGAUUUGCGCUGGUUCCUCACAGGAUUCCAGUUGGUCUGGACCAGAGACUAUUUAAAAGAAGUCAAUGUUACUCUUUUCUACUGUUAACUUAGCGCGCAACAAAGAUGCAAUGCAAUUUUUGUAACACUUGUAUUAAUUCAACAGCAUUUUACAUUUCAGAAGCAUUGUAAAUGCUUUUCCAAUAGAAUUUAGACUUGAGGGUGCUUAGAAUAUUUUGUCAGAAUUUAUAUUUUUUUCUGUUUCAUCUUUUGUUUUGUGGUACGUUGAGCGCCGAGUUCUCUUGUGGAUGUUCCAACUUCUCUGUCAUAACUUUUGGUCUCUCAUUUGUCAGAGUUAGUACGAUAUUAACUAACUCCUAGGAGUUUAAUACUUUCAAGUGACAUGGUCACCAAUGCAGGCAAUUUUUCUCUGAGAGAAAAAUAAAUUAUAUACGUAUAAAUUUCAGUAGGCUGUUCCUCCACGUUUGUGUCUGAGGUUUGCUGCCGUGGUGAAUGAAUGUUGAAGAUGAGGAUCCUCUUGUUCUAACCAGCACAUUGAAUGUUAUCUGAACUGUUAUAUAUUUCAACUGCACAAAAAGCUACUUUUCUAAAUAAACUCAUGUUUUCAAAU